GCGAGCUGCAGUGUGGCUCGAGCGCACAUUUUCACCGUAACACACACAAAGACAGCACACAUUUUAGUUAAUGUUUUAUCUUCUUUUUUGAGAAAGGAAAUAGAAACACUGUUAAGUUUUCACAGUCGCUGACAGCAGAGAGGACUUCCCUCCGAAAAGACGGUGUUUUAUUUUUACAAAGUUGGGAUUACUCAGUGAGAAAAUGCUGAAAAUGAGCACUGAAGACUUUGGGGGAAAUCUGCGGAAUCACCUGCUGCGAAUGGCCAUGUGUCGAGCAUAGAUAAGCCCCCUUAUGAGGUGAAAACCCUUCCUCAUCCUGCAGUGUCCCCUCCCAGCACCAACAGCAGGAAUAAGGGAUGUUCAUCCUUUUGGUGAUGUUAAUUAUCUCCUGCAGCUUCCAGGUGUCUCCGGCCAUUAGCCUGGAUGAGGUGAAAAAGAACUGGAAGUUGUACAUGGAUCAAUGUAUCUAUAACAUCAGCCGAGAUCCCCCGAGCAUCGGUCUCAUGUGCAACAGGUCUUUUGACGAUUAUGCCUGUUGGCCUGAUGGACUCCCCAACACCACGGUCCGUGUGCCAUGUCCAUGGUACCUCCCAUGGCACCAUAAAAUUCAGCAUGGUACAGUGUAUCAGGAAUGUGAUCCAAAUGGUCAGUGGACAAAUAUAAAGAAUACCAGUGAGUGUGACUCCAAUGAUCCAACUCUGCAAUACUACGGGCACAUUCGAAUCAUGUACACUGUUGGAUAUUCUUUAUCUCUUGUGGCUUUGGUGUUGGCCCUUGGUAUCCUCAUAUCCUUCAGAAAAUUACACUGCAUGAGGAACAACAUCCAUAUGAAUUUGUUUGCCUCCUUCAUCCUGCGAGCCCUGUCUAUCCUCAUCAAAGACGCUUUGUUGGAAGCCAACAUCACGUCACAAGACAUCAGCAGUGAGCAGGAGCAGGGCUUUUCCAGCGCAUCCUUUUCACCAGUCGAGCUGCUGGUCAACAAUGAGAUAACGGUUAGCUGCCGCCUGGCUGUGGUAAUGAUGCAGUACAGCAUCAUGGCCAAUAGCUACUGGUUGCUGGUAGAAGGCAUCUAUCUCCACAACCUUCUUGUCAUCACUGUGUUCACUGAGAGGAACUACUUCAACAUCUACCUGUGCAUUGGCUGGGGUACCCCAUUAAUAUUCCUUGUGCCCUGGGUGAUAGUGAAAUACCUGUAUGAAAAUCAAGAAUGCUGGGGCCAAAAUAUAAAUAUGAAUUACUGGUGGAUCAUCCGCUCCCCAAUACUGCUGGCAGUCAUGAUCAACUUUCUCAUCUUUAUCCAUAUCAUUAAAAUUCUUGUGUCGAAACUGCGAGCACAUCAAAUGAGAUACACCGAUUAUAAAUUCAGGUUGGCUAAGUCGACUUUAACACUAAUCCCUCUGCUGGGCAUCCAUCAGGUCGUGUUUAUCUUUGUAACAGACGAGUCGACUAAGGACAGCAUCACUUUACGUCUCACCAAGCUCUUCACUGACCUCUUCUUCUCUUCUUUCCAGGGUCUGCUGGUGGCCAUCUUGUACUGUUUUGUUAACAAAGAAGUGCAGUCCGAGGUCAUGAAAAAGUGGAAGCGCUGGAAACUUGGAAGGAACAUUGAGGAGGAAUACCGCCACACAUACAGCAACACCCCCAACGUAAAGAGCAGCAGCCUGUUAAACCACAUGUCUCGACUGCCUCACCUCUCAGAUAUCACCAAAGCCUCGGUCCCCGUCUGCAGCCCCGAGGAGAGGUGCAUGCUAGUGGACAGCUGCCACAAUGGUGUGGCAUGCAGUAAGACGACUGGCACGUGCACUUCCCCGCUACACAAGGAAACCAUCAGCAACUGCACCGUAGUGGAUGACAUCAGCGUCACAGACAAAGUGCAGUGCUACAAAGCUCGAAGAAAGAGCAUGGAGAGCCACCUGUGACGAGCAUGUGGAAGAAAAACUCCCUGACCAAAGUUAAAGAGCCUUCAGUUCCCAUCUGGAUCUGAGGCGGCUGAGGUGACAGAUUCAUGUUCACCCAGAGAUCAACUUCAACAGGAAAGAGGGCAGCAUCUCUUUCUGAGAGAGAAAACGAUGACGCUCGCGCUGAGAUGUCGAGGUGCUGGGAGUGUUAUGAAUCGAUCAGAUGUUCACAAAGACAAUACAGGAAGCUGCUGUCUUCUGAACAUCGCAAGACAUGUAAGCUAUGUAAAUUAAAAAAAAAAAGAAAAGAAAAACUAAUACUAAUAACAGCAGCUAAACAAAAUCACAACAACAUCAGAACGCUACAGGGUCUUUUAAUGAGCCUCUGCUUUAAUUUAUGCAGUGUAUCAAAUGUGUUCUGAGGUGCUGGAGGUGAAAAGAAAUCUGCACAAAAUAGGACAGACAGCGUGACAGAGGAAAUGUUUGUUCCCUGCUGUUAUCUAAAAAAGAAAUUCAGUGUCUGUUGUAAUUCUUGUGAAAGUGUACACAAAAAAAACAAAACAAAACAGGACAAAUGUGUUGUUGUUUGUGCAGUGACUGGCAGCUUCUUUUUAGAUUUUAUAAGCAGGAACUUCAAAAAUCUCAAAGGAACAUUGUUUGGCUUUUAGCACGAAAGUUGGCUUGUUAAAAUAAUGCCAAAUGUCUUUUUAGAAUAACAUCGUUAGUUGCAAUUCUGUGCCAUUAAUUCUGUUUGGUUGUAUGUUGUGAACAAACGUGACUGCAUUCCGUGUCAGCUUCCACGCUUCUUCAGGGGCAAGAUGAAAGUUACCAGAGGGCAACACUUAGAUCGAGAAUAACCACAACCACAAUAGCGCUCGUUAAAACACAUACCUGUCCGUGUACAACCGUUGCGGGGUUGUGUGAGUUACUGUCAAAAAAGCACAUUCUUUGAAGUGUUUGUGCAAUAAUGACCACAGAAGGUGUUUCAACUAAAAUGAAUCAGUUCUGCUAACAAACACACCAAGGCAAAGGUUAUGCAAGGAAACCAGUUUUACAAAGCUUAAGUCACAAAUUGGAAGGAUAAUUUGGC